AUGCCGGAACCUUAUGUUGCUGUGCUAGAGGAAGGUCAACUUCAGGAGGACGCAGUGGUCGGUGGUAUUCCUCUUGAAUUCCUUUUUAACACCGACGCCGACUACCACCGCGUCCUCUUUGAUCUCAUCUGCCGCUGCACACUGUCGCCGGCCCUCGGUGGCCUGGGACAGGCCUGUGUCCUCCUCGACACAGAAGCCACCUUCUCCAUGCUCGAGUUCGGUGCCUUCAUUGACACUUACCUGGCAGCCAAAAGCGUUCCCUGUCGCGAAGAAAUGAUCAAUAAGGUUCUGGACUCUGUUUUUGUGGUCUCUGCGCGCACCGUGUCUGAGUGCAUUCUCGGCCUCUGGAGUAUCAGGGACCUGUUAAAACGAACGCCAACAAUAUCUCUCCUGCUCAUCGACUCCAUUUCUGCCUGCUUCGGUCCCUAUCUGCCACGCAAGGAUUGGGCUGCCAGCCAGACUGUCUUUUUCGAUAUGUUGAGCCACCUAACCGAUCAUUUUAGGCUCUCGUCAGUGGUUUGUCGGCUGUUGGCCAACGAUCAGGAGGAAAAAGAGGCGAUUGAAAAAUUGCAUCAACAGGCGGACGCUAACGGCUCAGCAUCAUUCGACUCCUCUACCGCAGUCUUCAAGCCCGCGUUACGGAUACACUUUCUGAAGGGGGAUUACACAGCCGAUCGCAUCCCCGUUCGACUCCAUCGGGAGACUUCCAGCUCUAAGGACGGCAUUUACUACCGUCUAAAUAGUUCUCAUAGCUGUUAA